CAGAUUAAUGUGAACGCAAACCAAGCCGCCACCUUUCUUAAAUGCCACUCCCUUGACCACCCUUGUUUCACUUUUUCUUCUUUCCAAGAAAAAAAUAAAGUCUUCUCUUUCUUGUCGGUUUCUUCAAAUCUCCGGUAUGUUAAAGGCCUGUACUUGCCGGAAAUUCUUCCUCUCUUUAUGUCUCUUGUUCUGUUUCUCCUUCCCUUGCUGUGUAAAAUCCGAUGAGCUUCAAGUAUUGCUGACGUUGAAAUCCGCACUCAAUAAAUCAAGCACCGAUGUUCUCGAUUCAUGGGAGGCUGCCGGUCCUGUUUGCAGCUUCAAUGGAGUCACCUGCAACGGUGACGGAUCGGUUAAGGAAAUCCAGCUUUCAAAUCAGAGGUUGACGGGAGUUCUUCCUUUGGAUUCGAUAUGUCAGCUUCAAUCCUUGGAUAAGCUUUCCUUUGGGUACAAUUUAUUGUACGGUGCAAUCACGGACGAUCUCAAUAAUUGUUCAAAGCUUCAAUAUUUGGAUCUGGGGAACAAUCUUUUCUCCGGUUCAUUCCCGGAUAUAUCAUCGCUCAGUGAAUUACGGUUCCUUCAUUUGAAUAGCAGUGGAAUUUCGGGUCCUUUCCCAUGGAAUUUACUUGAAAACAUGACCAAUCUUACUGUUUUGAGUAUCGGGGAUAACCCUUUGGAUCAAACUCAGUUUCCAAGUGAAAUCCUGAAGCUGAAGAAACUGAAUUGGCUUUAUUUGGGGAAUUGCAGCAUCGAAGGGAAGAUCCCUCCCGCCAUCGGAGAUCUCACCGAGCUUAUAAAUUUGGAGCUCCAAUUGAAUUAUUUAUCUGGAGAAAUUCCAUCGGAGAUUGGAAAUCUUCACAAGCUGUGGCAGCUUGAGCUCUACGGCAAUGAAUUGACUGGAAAACUUCCUGUUGGAUUACGAAAUUUGACAAGCCUAGAAUAUUUCGAUGCCUCAAACAACAAUCUUGAAGGAGAUAUCUCGGAAGUGAAGUAUUUGACCAACCUGGUGAGCCUGCAACUCUUUGAGAACCAGUUUACUGGUCAAGUACCCCCCGAGCUGGGUGAGUUCAAGAAACUGGUGAAUCUGUCUCUUUACACCAACAUGUUCACUGGUUCUCUUCCGCAAAAGUUAGGCUCUUGGGCUGAUUUCGACUUCAUCGAUGUAUCGGAGAAUCUCUUGUCCGGUCCAAUUCCUCCAGAUAUGUGCAAGAAAGGAACCAUGAGAGGGCUGCUUAUGCUUCAGAAUAGGUUCACUGGUGAAAUCCCGACUACUUACGCGAAUUGUGCCAGUUUAAAGCGGUUUAGAGUGAGCAACAACUCACUUUCAGGCAGAGUUCCGGCUGGAAUAUGGGGAUUGCCUCAAGUGGAUAUAAUUGACAUUGCUUACAAUCAGUUUGAAGGUCCAAUUUCAUCUGAUAUCAAGAACGCAAAAGUGGUCGGGAUAUUGUCAGCCGAAUACAAUCGGUUGUCAGGAGAGUUACCCGAAGAGAUUUCAGAAGCCACAUCUUUGGUUAGAAUUGAGCUAAACAACAAUCAGAUUUCGGGGAAAUUCCCUCGUGGAAUUGGGAAACUGAAAAGGCUGAGCAACCUUCAAUUGCAGAACAAUAAGUUAUCUGGUUCUAUACCAGAGUCAUUAGGCUCUUGUGCUUCCAUCAGUACUAUAAACAUGGCUAACAAUUCUCUUUCAGGCAAAAUACCAUCAUCUUUAGGAUCUUUGCCGACAUUGAACACACUGGAUUUAUCUCGAAAUGAGCUUUCUGGCAGAAUUCCAGAGAGUUUGUCUUCCCUCAUGCUAAGCCUGUUUGAUCUAUCCUCUAACCGGUUAACUGGUCCUGUACCCCAGUCCUUCAGCAUUGAAGCGUAUAACGGGAGCUUGGCUGGAAACCCCGGCCUUUGCAGUUCGACCAUCCAAUCUUUCAAGAAAUGUCCACCGGAUUCCGGCAUGCCAAAAUUUGUUCUAAUGCUUAUAGUUUGUUUAGCCGUAGCUGCAAUCUUGCUGGCUACUCUUGGGUGUUUCUUAUAUUUAAGGAGGACAGAAAAAGAUGGAGACCGUUCAUUGAAGGAAGAAUCUUGGGAUGUUAAGUCUUUCCAUGUGUUAACUUUCUCCGAAGAUGAAAUUCUUGAUUCCAUAAAGCAAGAGAAUCUGAUUGGGAAAGGAGGGUCCGGGAACGUUUAUAAAGUAAUGCUUGGUAACGGUGUAGAACUUGCUGUGAAACACUUAUGGAACACAGAUUCUCAUGGCCGCCGGAAGAGCCGGAGCAGUAGCCCGAUGCUUGGCCGACAUUCGGGAAAGGAAAAGGAGUUUGACGCGGAGGUGCAGACACUGAGCUCAAUAAGACAUGUCAAUGUGGUGAAGCUUUACUGCAGCAUUACUAGUGAAGACUCGAGCUUAUUGGUAUAUGAGUACUUGCCUAACGGGAGCUUGUGGGAUCGGUUGCAUACGAGUCGAAAAAUGGAGCUUGAUUGGGAUACUAGGUACGAGAUUGCAGUCGGUGCAGCUAAGGGACUGGAGUACCUUCAUCUCGGAUGCGACAGGCCGGUGAUCCACCGGGAUGUCAAAUCUAGUAACAUUUUGCUGGAUGAGUUCUUGAAGCCUAGGAUUGCUGAUUUUGGACUUGCCAAGAUGGUUCAAGCCAAUGGUGGUAAAGACUCAACCCAUGUCAUUGCAGGCACCUAUGGCUACAUAGCACCUGAAUACGGUUAUACCUACAAAGUAGACGAGAAGAGCGAUGUGUACAGUUUCGGAGUGGUAUUAAUGGAGCUAGUGAGCGGAAAGAGACCAAUCGAACCAGAGUUUGGAGAUAAUAAUGACAUAGUGUCCUGGAUCUGCAGCAAACUAAAGAACCAAGAGAGUGUUUUGAGUAUAGUGGACCAUAGGAUCCCUGUUGCUUUCAAAGAAGAUGCUGUCAAGGUGUUGAAAAUCGCCAUUUUGUGUACGACCAAGCUGCCCGCACUUAGACCCACCAUGAGAACCGUGGUUCAAAUGCUGGAAGAAGCUGAACCAUACAAAUUGGUCGGCAUUGUAAUCAAUAAGGACGGUGAAGUGCAGAAAAAGGAUACCAUGGAAUCCGCUGAUAAGCUCAACCUGUAGUUGCAAAACUCUGUAGUAACAAUUUUUGGAACAUAUUAUUUGUAAAGCAUCAGCUAGAGCCUGUAAUAGUAGUAUUAAAUGUACUGUAUGCUUCAGCUAUAAAGAGCCUGUAACAUAUUAUUCGUC